AUGGCUCGAGCCAGGACAAAAGAUACUGUAAAUCAUGCAAAGCAUUCUAUGAAUCCAGAUCGUGAGAAGCAGCCCAAAGGCAGUACAAUGCGUUCAAAAGCUACCAUCAAGAGGCUGAAUAUGUACAGAAACUUCAAGGCCAAAAGAGACAAAGUGGGGAAAAUAAUUCGACCCGCGCCUUUCCAAUCUACUCUGCCCUCGGGUUCUGUCUCACGUGUCGAGCCGAAUCGUCGAUGGUUUGGAAAUACGCGAGUUAUAAGCCAAGGUGCGCUUCAGAACUUCAAAGAAGCUAUGAAGACCCGAAAUCCAUAUGAAUUGAUUGUUCGCCAAACAAAACUCCCAAUCUCUUUGCUGGAUGAGAAAAAAAUUAAAAUGAAACCGUCCAUAUUGUCCUCUGAAAGUUUUGCGCAUGUUUUCGGAAGUAAAGCUCAGCGCAAGCGCCCGAAUUUGCCCUUUGAGGACUUGACAUCCCUCGUUCAUAAGGCUGAGGCUACACAGCAGCAGUACAGCGCGGAGCAGGACCGUCAUCGAAUACGUGAGGACGAUGGUGUGCGCGACCUUGCAAAACAACCGCAUUUCAAGGCAGGCCAGUCGAAGCGUCUGUGGAAUGAAUUGUUCAAGGUGUUAGAUUCCUCGGACGUUGUCCUCUACGUGUUGGAUGCUCGUGACCCAAUGGGCACUCGGUCGUCUUAUAUUGAAAAAUACCUGAAAACAGAAAAACCGCACAAGCAUUUCAUUUUUGUCAUCAACAAAGUUGAUCUCGUACCAGUGUGGAUUACGAAACGAUGGAAGGCGAUCCUCUCCCAGGAAUAUCCAACGAUGGUUUUUCACGCUGAUCUCAAUAAACCAAUCGGAAAAGUUGCUUUAUUGGGUCUUCUCAGACAGUUGUCCUCCCUACACAGUAAGCAUCGACAGCAGAUCUCCGUCGGGAUUAUCGGCUAUCCGAAUGUUGGUAAAAGUAGCAUCAUAAAUGCCUUACGUAACAAGAAGGUUUGCAAGGUGGCUCCUCUCGCCGGAGAAACGAAGGUUUGGCAGUACGUCACUCUGAUGAAAUCCAUUUUCCUCAUCGACUGUCCCGGUGUUGUCUAUCCUGAAGGAGCAACAGAAGCGGAAUUGGUCAUGAAAGGCGUUGUCCGUGUGGAAUAUCUUCAACAACCUGAUUUGUACAUACGGGAUGUUCUUGAUCGUGUCCGGCCGGAAUACCUUCGAGUUCGCUAUAGGCUUCCGCAAGAAACACCUGCUAUCGAUAGGGAGCCUACCACAGACGCUUCCAACCCUUCUUGGUUAACGGAUACUGAGCUUUUCUUGGAGCUGGUUUCUCGACAAACAGGAAAACUUUUAAAGGGCGGAGAGCCAGAUUUGAUGACAACCGCCAAACGUAUAUUGAAUGAUUUCCAACGCGGGAAGCUACCUUACUUCGUCAAACCUCCACCGGAGCCAGAAGAGGACAAGAAGGACCGUGAAGGCGAAAUGAUCGAGGAGAUGGUAAAGGACUUGGCCGAAGAGUUGGAUGAGGGAGAUGAAGGAGACUUUACGCCGGGGAUUAAACCGCUCAAUUCAUCCCUUGCUGCGGCUAUUGAGUCCGGCCUCGUGGAAGAUGUUGACAUGGAUGCAGUUUCUACUGAUGACGACGAGCCCGUGCAUGAUCUGAAUGACGGAGAGCAUCCAGAAACCAUACCAGCUAAAGAAAGUCAGAAUACGGUAGAGGCCCUUUCGGGAAAGCAGAGGCGUCGACUUCAUCGAGCUCUGAAACGGCAACAAGGUCGUGCUGGUCGGCAUUUUUACAAGGAAUUGCGUGAACAUCGAUCGCCGAAAGGAAUCAAGGCUGAAUUGAGGUCUAGAAUGCAAAAAACUCGGCCUUGACGGUGGAUUUUGGUACUAAAUUCAUUUACCACUUGUAUUCAUUGUUUCACGCAGCCUUACAUUAUUUUCAGUCCUGUACACAAAAAUAAAGAAAGCGUGACCCAUUUCAGAUCUUGUCGAUUCGAA